AAGUGUCCACUUCCGUAUUUAAGAAAAUGCUAACAUGUGCGAUACCAAAUACUGUUAAUCUUGCAGAAUAGUCAAUGCAUUUUUUGUGUUGUUAUGUAGAUAAACUCUGAUGUUAUUCUAGAAAUUCUGCAUUCUGCAGACUUUAUCGUAACUGCUGUCGAGGACGAGGAGUGUAGAAAUGGCUCAUCUUAGUCGUGAACUCAUUUUGUGUAAAAUGAUUUCGUCUGCUUCAUCCAUUAGACAGACCAGACGAUGUCUCCACAAUAGAAGAUACGUCACAAAGAUGUUCCAGAAUUUUGGAAAAGUUCAGCCAGCUGUGACAGAGUUUACAUGUUCAAGUCAGAAGCUGAUGUUGUACAAUGAAGUCAUACAAUCAUGUCAUUCUGGUUCUUACCACAUGCUUCCCCUGGGAUUGAGAGCACUGGAGAAACUCAUCAAGAUCAUAGACCAGGAGAUGCAAGUUAUUGGUGGUCAGAAGAUUGCAAUGCCAACCUUAGCCACUGCUGUAGUAUGGAAGAAAUCAGGUCGAUGGAAAGAGGCUGGUGCCGAGUUAUUCAAACUGAAAGAUAGACACAGUAUUGAAUAUUGCCUGGGCCCAACUCAUGAGGAGCUGGUCACAGGUCUGUUUUCCUCCGUGUCCCCUGUGUCGUACAGACGAUUACCGCUUUUACUGUAUCAGAUUACAAGAAAGUUUCGAGAUGAGAUGGCUCCAAAGUAUGGAUUACUAAGAGGAAGAGAAUUUGAAAUGAAAGAUAUGUACACCUUUGAUGCUACAGAGGAAUGUGCCAGGGAAACCUACUCCUCUGUGUGUCAGGCUUAUUGUAAACUAUUUGACAGGCUUGGCGUUAAAUAUGUCAAAGCUGCUGGAGACACUGGAAACAUCGGGGGGACGAUGUCACAUGAGUUUCAUCUGCCCGCAGAAGUAGGGGAGGACACACUACUUGUGUGUGACAGAUGUGGAUUUUCUUCAAAUAUUGAACUCUUAGAGAAUGAUGCAAAGAGUGAUUUCAAAAAAUUCUGUCCCAACAAAGAGAAUGACUGUGAUAUGAAGAAAUCGCAUGGCAUAGAGGUAGGGCAUGCCUUUCUCCUGGGAACCAAAUACUCCUCUGUGUUUGGUGCAAACUGUCAGACCGAGAUGGGCCAAGUGGAACCAGCGCAGAUGGGAUGCUAUGGGUUGGGAGUCACCAGAAUCUUACAAGGCUGUGUAGAAGUGUUGUCAUCCUCGAAACAGAUUCACUGGCCUGGUCUUAUAGCACCAUACCAAGUCUGCAUCAUCCCACAAAAGGAAGGGUACGAGGCAGACACCUUCUUCAGACUCGCCAAUGAAUUGAGUGACCAACUCACCUCUAUGGCCAACUUGUCAGGGGAGGUAGUCAUAGAUGACCGCACGCAGAUGACCAUAGGGAAACGCCUGUAUGAGGCGCGGAGACUGGGCUACCCCUACAUCGUGGUCAUAGGGAGGAAGGCCCUGGAGGCUGAGGCUCAGUACGAAGUAAUCCACACACAGGACACGGAGCCAGUCUUCCUGUCACGUGACCAGCUACAGCAUCGUCUGGCAUCAGCAGACACUGUCUCACUAUCAUGAAGUGCGUGACUCAGUAGUAGAUAUGCUAUGAUCCAAUUGGCGAGAAGAGAAAAGUUAUCAUACUGUGCCUGCUCAGGUAUUACCACAGUACAGGCAGGCAGUAGUAGCAGUCCUGCAAGACAAAGGAGCAUUGUCUCAGCAAGUCUGUGAUUCUGCAAAUCCUGGCAGCAGUACAAAGUGGCGCAGGGGGGCCCCUGGCACUGUAAUUAGAGAUUAUGUUUAUGGCCAGAGCUUUAAGACAGAGCAUUUCUAUCUCUCCUUGGAGUUGAACAAUUUAUUUAUUUUUCCACAAUUUGUUUUGAGAUCACACCUAGCAUGUCCCACCAACAGUUUUUUAAAACAAUGUUUUCACAGUAAUUUUGGAACAAUUUUUUUGGGGUAGGGUUGGGUGGUAUAUAUAAUCCUAAGCCCCCUUAGAAUACGUUAGACUAUCUUACUCCAUUCAAGAUCCAGGUUACAAUGGGUCUUCAGCAUACCAUGCUUAUUGUAAGAGGAAACUAUGCUUGUCAUAUGCAUCCAAGUUACGUAGAUCGAUGCUCAUGAUGUCAACCACUGGAUUGUCUUGUGCAGGCACGAUUAUUUACAGACCGCCAUCAUAAUGGAAUAUUGCUGGAAUAUUGCGGCAUUAAACAUCAAAGAAACGAAACAAACAAGCAAAGUAUUCCUUAGACCCCUGACACCAUCUCAGAUCACUGGGUCACGUGAGGAGAGGAUACAGUGUUGAGAAAUGAACUCCCUUGUGGUGUGUCCAUGAGUACAACAGAAGUCAGGCGGAUGUUAGAUUCAUAUUUAUUCUGGAGUACGAGGUAUUGUACAGCUGCUAACACUUAUGUUCCAGAAGACGCUUGGUGGGGGUCAGUUACUCUAUCUGAUGUACUUUGUAAAAAACAGAUUGUAUUGAAUAUAUAUUUUACAUAAAUACGUUAGCACUUUCAAUGCCAGUUGCUUCUCUACUGUCACAGAAACCAUCAGAAUAUAUUAGGAAUAAAAAAAUAAAAGAAUGGGUUCUCAGGCAAUGGCUUUUGAAAAUAUAGUGCGGGCGGGCAGUAGUCUUUUUUUUGGUUGUCGAAGCUAGUACAUGUAUGUAACCAAAUUUUGUGGAAUAUUUAAAGAUUUAUUUUUUUUAAAUGGAAAUAAAAACAAAUGUGCACAGACUUUAUGAUAGUGUGGGCACUGCCUGAGAACCAAGACUAUUAUUUUCUUUAGCCUUACCAAAGAAUAAUCCCACAUCACGCAAGUCAAAAUCUUGAUUACUGAACACAUAGCAAAACAAUAUUAACUAGGUUGUACUCCUUUCACAACCUAUUAACACGAUAAUGGCACAGCAGCAGUAAGUAAUUUGAGACAUGAAAUGCACGUGUAAAAUAAAUGAAUUUCAGUCACAGUCUCGACCUCUGAUUGCUCUACUGUUCUAUCCAACACUUGUUCAAUGGAAUGCACUCAUGCCGCAUGAUUUUUUCAAUCUCAUGAAUAUCAACACU